AUGUCACUCUCCAAACAGCUGGAGUCUCUUGUAGAUGAAUUAAGCAACUUCGCCUGGAACUCAACCCCACAAAAAUAUUACAAUGUAAUAAACCAGAUAAUUGAGCUGUUCAAAGAUGGAGGAAAGGAUGAAAUAGUUUCUGAAGCAGAAGAAUACCUAAAAAUUUGGGAAAGCACGGACCUUAACAUUGCUGUCACCGGAGAGGCAGGAGCUGGGAAAUCUCUCUUCAUCAAUACUAUGCUGGGAUUGAGUCCUGGUGAUGUGGGUGCUGCUCCCAUAGGAGUAACGGAGACAACACAGAAGCCAGAUGCUUAUUUUCCUCCUAACUUCCCCAAUGUGACCUUCUGGGACCUUCCAGGAAUUGGAACCCCAGGAUUUCCUCCAGAAACAUACCUUAAACAAGUAAAUUUCCACCGUUAUGACUUCUUUAUCAUUAUAUGCUCAAAGCGGUUCCAUUCCACUGAUGUUCAGCUAGCUCAAGAGAUCGAGGCCAUGGGCAAGAAGUUUUAUUUCGUCCGUUCCAAAGUGGAUGAAGAUUUGAGAAAUUCAAAGAGGGCCAAUCCUAGGAAAUACAGUAAAGAAAAGGUCUUAAAAGAAAUCAAGGAUGACUGCAAAAAGAAUCUGGAGAAGCACUUGGAGAAGCAGUCCAACCAUCAGAUCUUCCUGAUUGACUGUUGGGAUCUUGAGAAGUUUGACUUCCCUUCCCUGCUAGAGACUUUGGAGGAAGAUCUGCCCACCUUGAAGAGUCUGACCUUUGUGCUCAGCCUUCCCAACUGCUCCCCUGAGGUCAUACAGAAGAAGAAAAAGGCAUUGAAGAAACAGUUAUGGAAACAAGCUCUAGUUUCUGCUUUCAUCAACGCUGUGCCCAUCCCAGCCCUUACAAUAUGUUGUGAUACUGCUUACAUAGUGAAGACCAUGCUUGGCUUCUACAAGCAGUUUGGGUUGGAUGACAGCUCCCUAACUCGAUUGGCCUGCUGGAUGAAGAAGUCAGUUGAAGAGCUGAAGGCUGUGAUUCAGUCACCACCUGCAAAAGACGUUGGCACAAAUCUCUUGGUGAAGGCAUUUGGCUCUGUAGUGGGAGGAAUACUGAGCUUUGCUUUUCGCACAAAACGUCUUGUUGCAAGUGGGGUUGCAAGUGGGGUGCUUUCCUUCGUAGCCACAUACUACAUACUCUCCAAGUUCUUAGAUGAAGCGGCUGAAGAUGCUGAAAGAGUUCUCACGAUAGCCCAAGAGCACGCCGAGGCAGGAGCUCCGUCUGCCGAAACUCACCUUAAAAGCCAGAAAAUCAAAGUACAAUAA